UUUUGAUCAUUGAUCAAAGAAUUAUACUCUCAAAGUGGUGUAUAUUUGACUAUUCAUUAUGUUUUCAUCUAGGAUUCUACCAGGACAGCCCACUCAAACACAGAUAUCUGAAUUGGUUAGGCCCAGAGUGUUGACAUUGGGCUUCCUGGGAGGAAGGGUGUACUCCUGCCCAUACUGCCCCCUGCAGGGGCUCACAGACAUGAGACUGGUCCAGCACUGUGUCGGCAGCCACACAGGAGAGAAUGCUCCAGCUGUGUGUCCCAUCUGUGCUGCCACUGUUUGGGGCAAUGCUAGUUACUGCAGCCGAAACCUCAUCGGUCACCUGGCUAUCAGGCAUUGUUUCAGCUAUGACACCUACAUGAAUGUAGGGGAAGACGAUUACACCCAACUCUGCCUUGCCAUUCAGCAGUCACUGCGACAAGGCACCGGCAUCACAGAGUGACAACAAGACCCUAAGAGAGCUACACAUUAUGUUCCAACACAAUACCUACCUCUUCAACCGCUCCUUGCCACAUCAAUGAGGUCUAUGAUGUUACUUAUUGUAUCUGUUACGGAUACAAGUAUCCUGUGUGUGUAUCCUGUUUCUUUUCUCUCCUUCUCCCCUCAAAGGUGGCAAUCAUCAUCAUUCCCCAAUCAGAAGACACACCUCCUCCUGUUUCCAUUACCCAAUCAUAUCCCCUUUCCCUUGGUUUAAAAACCCAUUCAGUUGUUUCCUCUGGAGCUCGAUCUCUCUAUAUCGCUAUCGCUCUCUAUAUCGCUAUCGCUCUCUAUAUCGCUCUCGCUCUCUAUAUAU